UCCAACAACUAAAAGUACUACCAAUUAAACAGAAUGUCCAACUCAAGCACAUUCAGCCUCAUGCUAGUAUUCGCGCUCGCGCUCCUCGCCGCCUCCGCAUUGGCCGACGGCAGCGCGUACGCGACGGCCACGCCGUCGACCAUCUGCAACGUGGGCGUGUCGGAGCUGGCGCAGUGCCUCCCGGCGAUAACCGGGAAGGCUCCGUCGCUGCCCACGAAGGAGUGCUGUGGGGUGAUGAAGAAGGCUAACCUGCGCUGCCUGUGCAACUACAAGGAGCAGUUCAAAAGCUUCGGAAUAGAUCCGGCGAAAGCCAUGGCGUUGCCCAAAAAGUGUGGCCGUAACCUUCCAAGACAAUGCUGAAUGCACUAACAAGUUUUUAAGGCUUUAUUUAUGAAUGUUUGAUUAAUGCUUCUCUUGUAAUCUCUCUUUAUAAUCGUUUGGCUUCUUUGCUUGUAGACUCAAUGUAUUAUGCUUUUGAUUUCACAUCAAAUGUCUAAAUAAAAGAGAGAGGAACAAAUGCACUACCUUUU